AUGUCUUCACAGCGUCUCUCGUUUAUCUUGGCUUUGCUCCCGGCUUGGGCCGCUGCGCUAAACUCUCACGGUUACAAAGAUGUUGCCAGUGGACAAUUUAGUGGUCGCGAUCUCAUCGCCGGCUGCACUUUUGCCGUAACCGCGGGACCAAGCGAUAGCUGCGCAACUCUUGCCGGAGCAUGGGGCCUCAACGUGGCAGGACUUCGGGCUCUGAAUCCUACACUCACUACCUGCCCCAGGCUUGUGGCCGGUCAAUCGUACUGCGUUCAAGGUUCCACUCCAACCAAUACACCACCUGGCCCGUCGCCGCCGAUGACGACGACGCCGAUGACGACGACGCCGAUGACGACGACGACCACGACGACGACGUCGGCUGCCCCACUCCAACCUACACAGUCGGGGCUAGCAGCAAAUUGUGAUACCUUCUAUCUUGUCAAGACCGGCGACACUUGCGAUGCAAUUGCACGCAAGUAUUCGAUUUCGUUGUCUGACUUCUACAAAUGGAAUCCGGCCGUCGGUACUAGUAAGCAAGCAGGCUGCAACAACAUGUGGGCAGACUACUACGUCUGUGUCGGCACCCCGGGUAGCACGCACACGUCGCCUGCGCCUUCGCCCACGCCAACAGGGCCCCAGCCACAGAUGCCAGGCAUCACGCCCGGCUGCAAAAAGUACUACCAGGUCAAGAGCGGCGAUACCUGCUUCGCCAUCGAACAGGCCAACAGCAUCAGCCUCGCUCAAAUCCUGGCAUGGAACAGCAAUCUCAACAGCGGCUGCACUAACCUGUGGCUGGGAUACUACAUUUGCACUGCAGCCUAA